UUGUUAUAGUCAUCGUUUUUGUCGACUCGAGAAAGCGCAUCGGUGCCUCUGACAGGUUGUUAAAUUCCGCGAUAGACACACCGUUAUUAAAUAAACAACUUUAUCUGCGAUGGUUAAAAAACAUGGAGGUUAUCGAGACAAUUGUGAUACAAGAUGCUGAGGUGGAAGGAAAGGAAACGGUCGUGUCCAGUGUGGACACAGUCAAAAUAAAAACAGAGUUUAUUUGGACGCUGCAGGCUACAUGGCACCUUGUCAACACCCGACUUGAAAUGGAUCAGGCUUUCGACCAGCCAGUAUGCAAGAAAAAGAAACUUUGGGAGACGGUUGCAGAGAAGGUAAAUGCCAAACUGAGGGAGUCCGAGAUCACUGAUGUCACUGUGAAGGCCUAUGAGUGUGAUCUGAAGUGGAGAAACAUGCUGGCCACGUACAGGAAGAACGCAGAGAGGGCCAAGAAGCUGGGGGCCACCAGCGUCCACUGGGAGUUCUUCAAUGCCAUGCAUGAGGUCCUGGGGAAGAACCGGGAGGAGAUCGAAGCCCAACGCAGGGCCAAGCUCAGCGGGACCAGGGUGGGAAAGGCCAUAGCCAGCAAGAGGUUUACCCCCAUCCUCCCCACGCCUCCUGCCACCGCCGCUGCCCCCUGCCCUGCCAGCAGGCCUCCACAGGACGUCUUGCAGCUGUACAUGGAGCUGCAGGAGAGGAAGAUGAACAUGUGGGCGCAGCAGAAAGCUCUGGAGGAGAGGAAGAUUGAGGCCAUUAACAACCUGGCCCAGGCCAUCUCCAGCUUGGCUCAGAGUAACAGCACACAGACACCAAAGGAUGGACAGUAGUCCGCAGGAGAUGUGGAUCUGAACUUUGAUCUUUUUUUUUUUUUUAGCUCAUAAGUAAAACUUUUAUGAUGCAGCAUGAAGAAAAUAGUUGAUGUUCGUAAUAUAUGGGUUUUUUGGAUUGGUCACACUCACACUUUUGCACUAGUAUAGCUCAAAGAGUAGUUUGGUUUCUUAAAAAUAAAUGGAAAAGGUACACAAAAGUAGGUAGUCACUGGUAAAACCCUCAGCAGCUCUUGUUUGUACUAUAAGCAAAUCACAUGUCUCUUUAAAGUUGUCCUUUACUGCCUGUGUCCCAAAAGGUAAAAUGAGAAUUUAUUUUUAUACUGAAAAUUUUAAUUUAAGUUAGAAACCAAGAAAAACUAAUACAUCACAGACAAAUUAGGCGUCCUGCCAUCACUGUACCACAGUAUCAAUACAUAAGGUCAAUGUCAGAUACAGGUGUUUUUAGUGAUAAUUACUGUUCUUUCAAUGACAGGGUUUAUUGAUCCACUGAUAAUAAAUGUCACUUUGUUAUUAGA